UCUCGCCAUGAUCGAUCGAUUCGAUCGAAAUGCUGCCGCUGCUCCUGGCGCUCUUGCGAUCUUCUUUGCUCGUAAGCGGCGCUCCUUUUCCUCAGCACCGCUACGAUGUUCCUGCGCUCUUCGUCUUUGGCGAUUCCUUCGUCGACUCCGGGAACAACAAUUUCUUCAACACCUCCGCCAAGUGCAAUCACCCGCCGUAUGGGAUCAACUUCGAGGGCCGGCGAUCCACGGGGCGAUGGAGCGACGGGCUCAUCGUCACAGACUACAUUGCUUCGUUCCUGGGACUCCCAUAUCCUCCAAACUUCCACGACAAACGCGGCAACUUUAGCACCGGGGCCAACUUCGCGUCCGCCAGCGCUGGGAUUUUCAACACCACCGGCCUGGUAAGGAGAAGAAAAGCCAUGAUCCAAUCUCACGAACUUUGUCCUCCACUCGAAGCAAGGCAUCCGGACGUUUGAGCAGCAAAUCGGCGACUUCGAGCAGC